AUGUUCAAGCUUGAACCGAUUUCGUUAGAGCGGAUUCAUGCUCUAGAGGUCAAGAUUCGCGAUCUUGAAGAGUUACAACUGGCGCAGAAGCGAUCACCGUCAAGAAGAGACAAUGAAAUGGUGCAUCUGGACGCAAUCACAAACAAUAACGCGUUGGUGAACGACGGCCAGUGGAAUGUGUUCGACACAAACGGUUUUGAGCUGUCCGACAGCAAGACUGAGAUACGCUGUCACAUCCUUGAGGGCGGAUGCUAUGCUGCAGGUAGUCGUGUCGGAGCAGCUCCCACGGCAGCAAAGCUCAUGGGGUAA